CCUUACGACUGGCUACGACUGACGUCAGCGCGCUCCGUACGUACAUCAAGCCCCUGACCGACGGCUCUACGUGACGUCAGCGCGCUUCGUUCCCAAACAAUGCUCAGGAAAAAGCCACGUUGACGAUCUAGACUGAAGUGUAGUCCACAAUUUGAGCCAGAAUAAAGCAGCAUUUUUUGUGUGGAAGCUCUUAUUCCUUCUCGCCGCAGACUCCAGAUCAGAGAGGACAUGUCGUCGCCGCCGAAGGAGAAAGUCGAAACCAAAGGGGGACACCUCCCUGCAGUAAAGGCCGGAGGUAUGAGGAUAGUGCAGAAGCACCAGGUGGCUGCUGCUGCCACCCCGGAACCACCGCAGAAAGAUGACGAGGAGGAGUACGUGAGCAGCAGUCCACCAAAGGCCCCCGUGAUUGUAUCUGGAGUGGUUACAAAGGGUGACAAGGACUUCACCCCUGCAGCUGCCCAGGUGGCCCACCAAAAGCCCCAGCCUGGUAUCCCCAAGCUGCCCCCCACCCAGCACAUCAACCAGCACAUCCACCAGCCUCGCAAGUGAGCCAAGCAGCCGCCAACUCCCUCCACCAGCCGGCCUUCCCAACGGAACACAUAAGAUGAAGAUGUUUCCCCACCAGACACAGAUCUCUUCUAAAUAAUCAGAGUAAAAUUUUACAUGUAAAGCAACCUAAUACCAGUAUGGCCAUUGUAGAAGACCCAAUCUUUACACCCUUGCUGCAUCAGUGCUUCCCUUUUGGGUCCUCUCCUUAAGAGGGAUUGUUUUGACAGUUAUAUAGUCUUAAGGUGGUAUAGAUGGGUGGAGGGUCUUCUAAAAUGGCUAUUAUUUUAAGAUUAAACAUAAAUGAAUAACUCAAUCUCAGAUCUGAGUCUGUUGGGGGAACUCUCACCCCGGCGAUGUGCUGACCAGAACCACAUCACCGCAACCAGCCAAUCACAGCAACCUAUCAGUCAGGCUACCCAACCAACUAAAUCACCUCACAGUGAUGAGCCUGAACUCCAGCCUUCUACCUAUGAUCUUCACAGACCAAAAGAACCAAUCAACAACUCAUGAUGAGGACACCAGUUUUACAUAAUCAACAGGAACCAAAAAAGAACACACUGAGCAUCUUCUAAAUUGCCGGAAUCAGUUUGAUGUGAGAGGGACUGUUGCCAAAUUGCACGGGUACAGCAUGGAUCAGAGAAAGCAAAACUAGCCAAUUACAUGACAGCACUAACCAAUAAGUAACCCAAAUACUGAGGUUACGCUCAACUUUGACAAGCAUUCCAUUGUCUACCAUAUCAAGACCAAAUAUAUGCAUCAGAUUUAAAGAUGUAAUUAUCGAUCCGCUAUUACUGAAAUUGGUCCGUAUGUUCACACCAGGCAAGAAAUUGGGCAUUUUCAUUAUAUAUUUCGAAAGGCCAACAGGGAGAGACGCAAAACCUGCCCCGUCUUACUGUACUGACUCAUUCAGUUACUUGAUGCAUGUUGUUAGUGUCGUGACUCAGGACAGCCAGAUGCUAAAGCUUUGCUAUAGCAAAAGCUAAUACACCUUUUGGCCUACAACAACAUGUAUUUAGCUUUUGCUGCAGCCUCCUUCUAUGUCAUAGCUCUUACCUUUAUUUAACAGAGGAGCCUCACAUUUUUUCCUGCCUCGUUUUAGCUGCAAUGAAGUUCAUCCUUCCCUAGCAGUGUUAACUAAUUUUUAUGCAAACUCAGACUGCUUCAUAUUAAAAAUCUUCCAGCUGUGCCUCUUCUGUUUGAUUUGAAUAGCUCCGAAGGGUUUUUUUUUGUGUCCUAUUUGACUUGCAUAGACUCGCAAGGAUAUUUUAUCUGCUCCACAUCAAAAUCAACUGCAGUGAAAACAUGUAAUGAAAGUUAAAGCCAUUUACUGUGAAGCAGCUGCAAGGUGCUUUGUGUUUGCAUUAAAAUUAGCUUUAACAUCACAAGGGAAUAAUGUACUUUAUUUGAAGACGAACAAAACCCGGCUGCGAUGAGCAACUCUGUGAGGCUCCGAACCCCGAGCUGAAGGUAAAAACAUGAACAUAUUAGAAGAAUAGCACUGCAAUUUCUACAUUCCACAAACAGUUUCUGUUUUCUUCUAUCAGAAAUCAUAUCAGCCCCUGAAAUCUAGAUCAACAGUUCCCCAGGAAUCAUACAUAUCAACACACACAGACACACACACACCACCCUUCUCCUUAAUCACCCGUCCCCUUACACCGAAGUCAUUUGUUGCAACACUAAUGUUCAGGUUUCCAGGAAAGAAAGAAAUUUAUCUUGCCAAGAACGAAUAAUUUCCUAUGUUAAUUUAAUGAAGUUUAAAAGAGUUUUAUUUUUGUUUGUCUCAGUUCUUUUUUUCUUGAGUAAAUUGUUCAAAUUGUACAAAUCUUUAGUCAUUGAGUGGACUUAGGUAUUAGGUGUGGUUGUCAUAGUAAAUAAAGAUAUAGACUAUCUUGAAAUAUCAA